GUCAACUCGUCCGCGAAGAAGCAGGAAUCCAAGAAAAUCGACGGACGCUGAUUGAAAAAAAGAAAAUAAAAUCAUGCAAGACGAUGACGUGAAUGUGUGUUUCCUUCAGUCUCACACCAUCCUGCUGGUUCAGCCCACCAAGAGGCCCGAGGGAAGGACGUACGCCGACUACGAAUCCGUCAACGAGUGCAUGGAAGGUGUGUGCAAGAUGUACGAGGAGCAUCUAAAGAGGAUGAACCCCAACAGUCCGUCGAUAACCUACGACAUCAGCCAGCUUUUCGACUUCAUCGACGACCUGGCCGACCUCAGCUGUUUGGUGUAUCGCGCCGACACACAGACGUACCAGCCGUACAACAAGGACUGGAUCAAAGAGAAGAUCUACGUGCUGCUCCGCCGCCAGGCCCAGCAGGCAGCCAAGUGAAGCCUCCGAGGGGGGGGGGGGGGGGGGUCAAUAUGAUAUUACUAUCUGUAGCUGUGGAUUGAGUAACUUGUUUUGAGAAGUUUGACUUUUUUUUUUUUUACUCAAGUGGGGUGUAUUUGGAUGUUUGCCUUAUUAAUAAAGUUUCAAUAAAAAACA